UUUCCAUUAUCCGAGUGUCAAUCAUGCCCGUUUUCCUUUAGUCCCGCCUCCACUGUGACGUCGAAAAAGGGGGCGUGGUCCACGCUCUUUUAAAAACGCGCAUUAAACACCGAUUGGUCAGCUCUGACCACGUGACACACGGCAACCAAUCACAGCCGAAUGCGAUGAGUAAAACAACUCCCCCCAUAGCGGUGACGUUACAUCAUGAACUGUGCUGUGUUGUCACCAGCUGUUGUCUGGAAGACGAAGAGGAAAAGUGGAUGUUGUCUCGGUUUGAUUGUGAGCAUUGAGACCACGAGCAGCAUCAGACACCAGCAGCAGCAGUAUGGUUAGAGCUGCAGAAAGAUGUUUACUGGAUGACUGAUGAUGGAAACACAGCAGAAGCAGAAGCAGAAGCAGAGCAGCACUUACAUAACUGACUGAAGGCAUCGAUAAGACACAAACUGUGAUAACGGACUAGAGCUCCAGACAGGUCGGAGUUGAAGCCAUCUUUCCUCUUCUGCUGCUCAGACAGAUAGUCACGCCAGCUGGGUUCAAUCUUGUACAUCGUACAGUACAGUGCAGCUGUGCUGAGAAGCGGCCCCGCCGCUAUCAUGAACGUGGGCACGGCCCACAGCGAGGUGAACCCCAACACCCGGGUGAUGAACAGCAGAGGAAUGUGGCUGUCUUACAUCCUGGGCAUCGGCCUCUUGCACGUCAUCCUGCUCAGCAUUCCCUUCGCCAGCGUGCCCGUGGUCUGGACCCUCACCAACCUCAUUCACAAUCUGUGCAUGUACCUCCUACUUCACACGGUCAAAGGGACGCCGUUUGAGACCCCAGAUCAGGGCAAGGCUCGCCUCCUUACAUACUGGGAGCAGAUGGACUACGGUGUGCAGUUCACUGCUUCACGCAAGUUCCUCACCAUCACACCGAUUGUCCUGUAUAUACUAACCAGCUUCUACACCAAAUACGAUCGGGCCCAUUUUGUGGUCAACACCGUUUCCUUGCUCACUGUACUCAUCCCCAAGCUGCCCCAGCUGCACGGCGUGAGGAUCUUUGGGAUUAAUAAGUACUGACAAGGCGGAAGAGGACACCUCGUUCCCUAAGUCCCCGUGGACUGCUGAGAGCACACAGAGUAUCAGGCCUCUGAUUUGGCUGCAGAUCCACGAGGAUCCGCGGCUCUCUGGCUCUCGACUCUGCUGAGCAGCACUCUAAAUGAAGCCGACUGGGGAUACUGCCAUGGUACCAAACCCCUGGAAGGAGACACAAUACACUUUACGGAGCGCACAAAGGGAAAGUGUGCUGCUGAGAUUGUGAUUGCUCCUUUGAGUUACAGGUUUUUCAGACACUUUGUAAAAAGGGAGUAUUAUGAUUAUGUCCGUGACAGGUGUCAGGGGGGAGAGGACAAUGUAGUUGCACAAAUAUCAUGUGCCAUUUUGCACCCACUGGCGCACCGAGGCUGUAAUCUAAAGUUAUUUUGUAUGUAAUGAUACACUGCUGUAUUUAUUCAGCUGCACUCCAAAUGAGAAGCUUCCUCUUUCUUGAGGUUUCUGAGGAGAGUAACAAUACUUUAAUGAAACGGUGAGGGACCUGUGAACUGCUGCAGAGGCGAGACGCGAGAAACCACAAGGUUUUAUAUUUAGCCCUCGCUGUUCCGCUCGGGGCCAGGAUUGGAAAGUUAAGCAACUCUUAUUUUUAUCUGACCAUUUCCAUAUUUGGACUCCUCUUGUCCUGGUUUGUGUCACAGUACGCCUCCUGUCUGCAGAGUUGUCUGGCUUGUGUGCCAGAAAGUAUGCGCAAGAGCACUGAUUCAACAGAACAAGUCUGAGUGAAGAGAUAAGUAUUUCUGUCCUUACUGUAUUCAUAGUUACACGUGGGGGACCCGUGCUUGUCACUACAAGUACUCAGGAUCUGUUACGUUAGUAUGAGCCUGUUGUAUCUGCAUCUCAGUGGCAAAUUACACACUGAGUUACCUGUUUAUUAGGUACGCCUGUGCAAUCUAACGCAGUCCAAAUCCUGAAAUUCUCAAAGGUGUUUCUAAUGUUUUGUUCACCCCAACUUCAGUCUGUUCUCACACACCGUUCGUAGCUAUACCUACGAAAAGUAAUGCACUGUAAUUCAUCUACAGUAUAUCCCAUGAAAUCAAUUCGUCUGUAAUCCAAGUAAUAGUAUAAAAAGUGACAAACGCUGCAUAGGGAAGAGGUCGGGGGGGAUGUGUGGGUCUAAAAACAACAGACUUUUGCCUAGGAGACCGCUGUUCAUGUCCCGUGUGAAACCAGAAGUCAACACAUACUUAAGUUACGUCACUUCCGUAUUUAUUCAAACCCAAACGUUGACUCAUUUGUCAUUAACUUCCAUACUUGAGUAACGCCACUUCUGCAGUUAUUUAGACCCAAACAUUGACUCAUUUGUUAUGUAACUUCUGUACUUAAGUUACACCACUUCCAUAGUUAUUUUUUUUAAUCAAAGCAAAUAUUUAAAUAAUCAUUUGAGUUCAGUUUUUUCUGCAAAUAACCACUAUA